UUUCUUGUAAAUCACGUGACGAUGACGAGCGAAGUACGUCACCGUCGCCGCCAUUUUUCAUGUGGCAUCGUGGAAGCUGGUGAAUCGCUCACGGGCCACGCUUGAUGGGGAUUCAGACUGAACAAAAGAGUCGUUCGAAAUAAUCGAAUCCCAGCCAAAGAAGCCGAUGUAUCCUGGGGAAGGAAUAUGGAAUAAACACGUGGACAACUCUCGAUCCUGAAUGGUAUUUUCACCAAAAAAUAUGCUCCAGAUAUUAUGAAAACACGUCAGAAGUGUUUUAAAUUAUGGGAAGUUACAAGCAAAUGUUUUAAUUUCUCUUUCUCUCGCAACCUUCCCCGGACGGCUUCGCUGAGAACGAAAGUGAAAGUUCUUCUGAAAGUAGAGUGGGGGAGGGGAAUAAUCGUCGUUGAUUCCCUGGCCUCACUUCAUUUCCCUUCGGUGAAACAAGAAGAAGAGGACGAAAAGGACACCGAGAGAGCGAAGGAGUGGAAGAACAAUGACGAGUCUCCGGUCCGUGUGUCAUCUUGCUUUGCUCGCGCUGACCUGCGUCGUCCGCGCUUCCGGCGACCACUCCUGUCCCGCGCUGGAGUGCUGGUACCUGAAGGACAAGGUGGAGAAAGAAAGUCUCACCCGAGGCCCCAGCCAGGUCAAGUCCCUCCUUCACAUCAGGACCGAAGGUCAACCUGCGUCCGCCCCGCCAUCUUCGGCCGACCCCGCCGUCCAGAGAGUCUACGCUGUUGCCGAUCCGGCGGGCACCCUGUGCCACCGCUCGCCCGGCGGCUCGAUCCGCAAGCCCUUUUGUGAGCUCAGCCACUUUCAGCCGCAGCCCUCCACCAUCAAAUGGGCUGCCUCGCUCGCAGAGGACCUCAGCCCUGUUUACCUGCAAGCCAGCUGGUUUUCCGCCGCCGUUCGGGGCCUGGACGGACUGCACGGCACAUCCAGCAUCAUGCGGGACCCCGCCGGGACCGGAGAGCUGGACGUGGUGCUCAGUAUUACCUCCGCCACGCUGGUAGUGCAGUCCAGACUCGGGGAGCCGGUGCUGCUGGACUGCCAGUUCUGGGCUGACCCCGCUUCUCCUCUGUACGAGUCCGGCUUUGCCGUGGAGUGGCGCUACCAGUCGCGAGGCAGCGGCCGGCUGCUCGUGGCUUACGACGGCAAGGCGGACCGGCUGUCUGGCUCGCCGGAGAAAGGCGCCACGCUGGACUUUGAGGCGUUGCACCGGAACGGCAACGCGUCCCUGAUCCUGCAGGAAGCCCAGGUGCGCCACUCCGGGACGUACAUCUGCAUGGUGUACCUUCCGCACCUUCUGGCUCAGAUCACCAUGGAGCUGGAGAUCACAGAACCUCCUUCCCUGUCCAUCCAGCCGUCCCGGCUUCCCCUGGCCGCCCCCGGCCAGAUUUUGACAGUCCACUGCGAGGCCUCAGGCUUUGCCCCCCAUUCCCUGGAGCUGAGCUGGGAGUUGAAGGGCCAGGAUGGGAAGACCCGGUCACUGGGAGCCGGUCGCCUCUCCGGCCACAGACAAGGUUGGGACGGCACCUACAGCCAGGGCACCUGGCUGGACCUGGACAUGUCCGACCCCAAGCUGGGCGACGGUGGGGAGGUCACCUGUGUCGCAGAGCAUCCGGGGGGUACGCGGCGCGCCGGUGUGGCCCUCAGACUCGCCGGCUUCAGCACGCUGUCCAUGGAGGACUCCAUGGCGAUGGUGGCAGUAGCCUUGGUGCUCUAUGGCCUCAUCAAGUUCGUCUCCUGGACCGUCCUUCCUUCAGGUUCCAAUGGGGCACAGGAAACAGAGAAGGUAAGUCAAUUUGCGAAGCAGCGUGCCAAACAUAAUAUUUUGUCAAUAUUUGACCUCACAACUUGGACCUCCCCACAGAAAGAGAAUUGAAGAAGCUCGCUCGCUGCGUAGUACAUGACACUGUUCAAAGUCCAAAUAAAAUGGCACUUUUUUUUUUGCCUUUUGCUUGUUACAGUCUGUUAGUGUAACAAGCAACAAGACCUUUUUUUUUUUUUGUUGUUGUUGUGUGCACACAAGAUUGAAUAUUUGUAAAUUCUGCUGUGCUCCCCUUUUAAAUCCAUCCAAUAUUUGCAAACAUUGUUCCUGUGUAUUUUUGGAAUGUUGGAAUGUGUGACAGAAAAAUAAUAAAGUGAGUGUGGGCUGAAAUAAGG